UAUGUACAUAUGUACUAAAAAUUAUAAAAAUUAUAUACGCGUAAAGUUGAAUUUUUGAAUAUCUUAUUUAUUUGAAGUGAAUUACCGCAAUAAUAGUGGACUUGUGGAUUCGAUAUACGGCGAAUAUAUUGAUAAGGAUAUUAAUAUGGAUAUAACAUCAAUGGAACUACUUUUCUGAAUUUGGGCUGAAUCGACUAUAAUUUUCUGUUGGCUCAGGAUGUUAGAUCAAAUAUAUCCGCGACUUUUGAUUCUACUUAUCGAUGUACAGGGAGCUGCGAAGACAAUAUCGGUACUUUUGAGCGAUAGUCGGAUCGAAUCCGGAGGUUAAAUGCCUUUAUUUUGAAAAUAACAAGCCGCCCAUAAAAUUGUAUUCAUUCAAAUAGUAACCACUCAACUUAACAACUCGUCAUCAUCAGCGAUCUUUUCUUUUUCCCUGAAGAACAUGUGUCCGACUCGAACUACACAGAAAGCGACAGAAGUAACGAAACUCCUGGUGCUAAAAAAUGAAGCUAGGAAGCCGCAAAGGUGCUACCUUUACAAAGCCAGUGCUGCCAAUGCAGGGACAGAAAAUAUAUAUUGUUUUCGCCGGCUUUGUCAAUCGGAAUAGGCCAAACAUUUGUUUACAUAUUGUCAACAAAUCAGGCAGUUAAUAGUCAGUUCAUUCGCUGUAUUUUCAGUAGUAAUUUCGUUCUGGAUUGUUCGCAUCCUCCCUGAAGAAAGCAACGCGUGGAUUCUGCCAAGAAGAAGUGAAAAGUGAACAAAUUGCACUGUAAUUCGAAUUCCUUUCAUCAAUUAGUGCACAUACGUAUGUAUUUAUUGUCUGAAAAUCAGAAUCAGUGAGAAUCCCAAUGUUCUAUCAGAAUGAACGGUCAGAAUCGCAAGAGGAAGUGGCAAGCUGGGCGCGGUGAGGAUCUCACCCCCGACGACCGUAUUGAACUGAUUGCCGAGUUGAUGGCUAAACUAGACGGAGUCAAUUUCGUCGCCGACUUUUUCCGCAUCCGUCGACUGAAACUGCUGAUCACCGACUGCCUGCCCGACCAAAAGGAGCAGCUGCUACGCAUUCUCAUAGGCUAUGUGAACCGGCCCCCCAGCCCGGCCACAGCUAGCUACGCCAAAAUUGUGAAUCUCCUCAGCAAAGACAUUGGUUCCCUGAUGGUCGACUGCAUCCGCGCCCUGAAGGCGGUCCAAGAGAAGGCACUCAUCGAUGGCAAGUGGGACAACGCGCGCGGCAUGGAGUGCUUCUUCGCCGAGCUAAGCAAGUGACUUAGCAUAGAAGGGCCCUGGCUAUGCAGUUUGAUCACUGCGCUGCCCCUGUUCGGCCACGAUACGUUGUACAUAUCAAACUCUCGGUAAACAAAACAUAGCAUAUUCAAUAACACGAGCCUAAGACACGAGGCUAACAAACGAGCCUAAUAAACGAAGAAUCUAGGCAACGAUA